AUGGCUAUGAGAGGCAACAAUGUCAAGACCAUUGUGAUGAUGCUCGUAGUUGUGGGUGUUGUGGCCAUGGAGCAAACCCAGCAAGUACAAGCAUCCCACUGUUGUUAUGAUCUCAACUUGGUCGAUACCUAUUUUAAGUGCCGCGCAAAAUCUGAUAGCACUGUCUCAGAGUGCUGCGGUGUUUCCGCUGGCUAUAUAUCAGACGCCGCUGGAUUUGAAUGCAAGCCCGGUUAUAUAGAUAUAGAGACUGCACUGCAAGCCACCAACUACUGCAAGAUUGGGUGCACGGCUUCCUUGUGCAACAAAUUAACUCCUUCUGGGAAAGGCGCCAUGGAACACUGCACCAGUGGAUGCCACGAUCUGUGCACCAAGAACAACGCGGAAAUAGCACAAGUCAUCACGGCUUAA